CUCCCUUUGUCCUUUUCUCACUCCCUCGAAUCCUUGUUUUUCUUUUUCUUUUUUCCCGUCGAUAGGGUUCGAUCGAACUCGUAGUUUGAUACAAAUAUCAUCUUAAACCCUCGUUAUUUCUUUGAUUCGCCAUUUUAGUUGAUUUACGAAGAUCCUCUAAUGGACGAAUCCACGCAUCAGAACCCUAAAAGAAUUAAGGAUUCCAGCGAAAGAAGAUGGGAGGACUUGCCUGUAAAUUGCUUGGUUGCUAUUUUCUUGAGACUGGGUCUCGACGAUAUGACGCUUAGCAUUCCUUUCGUAUGCAAGUUUUGGCAUGAAGCUUCUCUAGAUCCCACUUGUUGGAAGGUUUUAGACUUUCGUGUAAACAAUCCUUCGCAAGGGAGCUCUUUUAGCGAGCGGUUCAAGCAUGAGUACCAUGUAAAUAAUUAUACAUUCAGGGGUUUUUUGAAAUUUGUUGCCAAUCGCAGCCAUAGAUUAGCCACCAAGAUGAUACUUCCUGUUGGCCGUCUUCCCAUCAGUGACAUGGCGUACAUCUGCAAAGAAUGCCCAAUGCUGAAAAUCACUUGGCAGCCAGAAUGCGACUCGAAUUUUAUCCGCAAAUUUAUUUUGAUGUUACAUGAGACAAUGUUGCGAUCGAAUAGGUUUGCAGGAGAUGAUGGCCCAAGCAAUAACAGCAAUGAAACCUAAUAAUAUAAUAAAACUAUUCCUCAUGCAUCUUUUUGGCUUUUUUUUUUAAUAGAAUCCACUUUGUUCAUGUAAUGCUAUUAACAUAUGGAAAACUGAAUUUUUAUGUUUUGAUGCGGUUAACAUGUGGAUAACUAUUUUGUUAUGUAUUUGAAGUAACUUUUAAUAUUAGAAAUAUUUAUG